UCGGGAGAGGGGGCGGGGCCGGGCCGGCGGCGUGUGGAGGCGGCGGGAGCCAUGAAGCUCAACAUCGAUGGCCUCCUGGUGUAUUUCCCCUACGACUACAUCUACCCCGAGCAGUUCUCCUACAUGCUGGAGCUCAAGAGGACCUUGGACGCCAAGGGCCACGGCGUGCUGGAGAUGCCCUCGGGGACAGGGAAGACGGUGUCGCUGCUGUCCCUCAUCGUGGCCUAUCAGCGGGCCCGGCCGUUGGAUCUUACCAAGCUCAUCUACUGCUCCCGCACGGUGCCGGAGAUCGAGAAGGUGAUCGAGGAGCUGCGGAAGCUGAUGGAUUUCUACGAGAAGCAGCUGGGGGAGAAGGUGCCGUUCCUGGGGCUGGCGCUGAGCUCCAGGAAGAACCUGUGCAUCCACCCCGAGGUGUCCUCGCUGCGCUUCGGGAAGGAGGUGGACAGCAAGUGCCUGAGCCUGACGGCCUCCCACGUGCGGGCGCAGCACCAGCGCGACGGCACCCUGCCCGCCUGCCGCUUCUACGAGGAGUUCGACACCCACGGGCGCGAGGUGCCCAUCCCCUACGGCAUCUACAACCUGGACGACCUGAAGGCCCACGGGCGGCAGAAGGGCUGGUGCCCCUAUUUCCUCGCCCGCUACUCGAUCCUGCACGCCAACAUCGUGGUCUACAGCUACCACUACCUGCUGGACCCCAAAAUCGCCGACCUGGUCUCCAAAGAGCUGGCCAAGAAGUCGGUCGUGGUCUUCGACGAGGCGCACAACAUCGACAACGUCUGCAUCGACUCCAUGGGGGUGAACAUCACCCGCCGCACGCUGGACCGCUGCCAGGCCAACGUGGCCACGCUGCAGGCCACCAUCCAGAAGAUCAAGGAGACGGACGCCCAGAGGCUGAAGGAGGAGUACAGGCGGCUCGUGGAGGGCUUGCGGGAGGCCAACGUGGCGCGGGAGACCGACGUCUACCUCGCCAACCCCGUGCUGCCCGACGAGAUCCUCCAGGAGGCCGUGCCGGGCAGCAUCCGCACGGCCGAGCACUUCGUGGGCUUCAUGAAGCGCUUCCUGGAGUACCUGAAGGCCCGGGUGCGGGUGCAGCACGUGGCGCAGGAAAGCCCCCCGGCCUUCCUCAAGGACGUCUACGAGAAGGUGUGCAUCGAGCGCAAGCCGCUCCGGUUCUGCGCCGAGCGGCUGCGCUCGCUGCUGCGCACGCUGGAGAUCGUGGACAUGGCCGAUUUCUCCGCCAUCACCCUCAUCGCUAAUUUUGCCACCCUGGUCAGCACCUACGCCAAGGGCUUCACCAUCAUCAUCGAGCCCUUCGACGACCGGACCCCCACCAUCGCCAACCCCAUCCUGCACUUCAGCUGCAUGGACGCCUCCAUCGCCAUCAAGCCCGUCUUCGAGCGCUUCCAGUCCGUCAUCAUCACGUCAGGGACUCUCUCGCCGCUGGACAUUUACCCCAAAAUCCUGGAUUUCCGCCCCGUCACCAUGGCGACCUUCACCAUGACGCUGGCGCGGACCUGCCUCUGCCCCAUGAUCGUGGGCCGUGGGAAUGACCAGGUGGCCAUCAGCUCCAAGUUCGAGACACGCGAGGACAUCGCCGUCAUCCGCAACUACGGCAACCUGCUGCUGGAGAUGUCGGCCGUGGUCCCCGACGGCAUCGUCGCCUUCUUCACCAGCUACCAGUACAUGGAGAACAUCGUGGCCUCGUGGGCAUCUUGGAGAACAUCCAGAGGAACAAGCUCAUCUUCAUCGAGACGCAGGACGGGGCCGAGACCAGCAUGGCGCUGGAGAAGUACCAGGAGGCCUGCGAGAACGGCCGGGGCGCCAUCCUGCUCUCCGUGGCCCGGGGCAAGGUGUCGGAGGGCAUCGACUUCGUGCACCACUACGGCCGGGCCGUCAUCAUGUUCGGGGUGCCCUACGUCUACACCCAGAGCCGCAUCCUCAAGGCCCGGCUCGAGUACCUGCGCGACCAGUUCCAGAUCCGGGAGAACGACUUCCUCACCUUCGACGCCAUGCGCCACGCGGCCCAGUGCGUGGGCCGGGCCCUGCGCGGCAAGACCGACUACGGCCUCAUGGUCUUCGCCGACAAGCGCUUCGCCCGGGCCGACAAGCGGGGCAAGCUGCCGCGCUGGAUCCAGGAGCACAUCACCGACGCCAACCUCAACCUCACCGUGGACGAGGCCGUGCAGGUGGCCAAGUUCUUCCUGCGCCAGAUGGCCCAGCCCUUCCACCGGGAGGACCAGCUGGGGCUCUCCCUGCUCACGCUGGAGCAGCUGCAGUCGGAGGAGAUCCUGCAGCGCAUCGAGCAGAUCGCGCAGCAAGUGUGAGCACGUCGGAGCCCGGAGCUGCCCCCAUCAUGCUCGGAGCUGCGCGUUGGAGCCCGGAUCCCCCCUCACUGCGCUCGGAGCCGUGUGUCGGAGCCUGGAUCCAGCCCCCAGUGCGCUCGGAGCUGCACGUUGGAGCCUGGAUCCCCCCUCACUGCGCUCGGAGCCGUGUGUUGGAGCCCGGAUCCAGCCCCCAGCGCGCUUGGAGCUGCACGUUGGAGCCUGGAUCCCCCCUCACUGCACUCGGAGCCGUGUGUCGGCGCCCGGAUCCAGCCCCCAGCGCGCUCGGAGCUGCACGUUGGAGCCCGGAUCUCCCCCACUGCCGCACUCGGAGCUGCACAGCGGAUCCCGGCUCCCUCCCGGCCACGCUCGGAGCUGCACGUUCGGUCCCGGCACUUCCCGCCGGCUCCCUGCUGUGCAGGGACUCUUGGUUUGCCCUUUUUUUUGUAUUUGCACCCCGAAAUAAAGCCACGGCCGGAGGCAGGAGCCCCCGGCUUGGCCA